GAGUCGGCUGAGCGGAAACUUGGUGUGGACUGUUUCUGGGAUAAAUGUCGGAGUGUUUGUGCGGAGUCACGGUUCACACCGACUCUCUGGGAUUACGUAACCUCACGCAGGCCGAGUAGUAGCCGCUGUCCAGCGGGACUUUACCUCCGACCCAUCCGACGUUCCUACCACACAAAUGGGUGACAAGGAAGAGCAGAGCUCCGGUGGAGUCAAGUACUUCAGGCUGUCAGAGAUCGAGGCGCAGAACUCCUUCAAAUCUACGUGGAUCAUCAUCCACAACAAAGUUUACGAUGUGACCAAGUUUCUGGAGGAGCAUCCCGGUGGUGAGGAGGUUCUGAGGGAGCAGGCAGGAGGGAACGCCACCGAGAGCUUCGAGGAUGUCGGCCACUCGUCAGACGCCAGAGAGAUGGCCGCCAGCAUGGUGAUCGGAGAGCUGCACCCGGAUGACCGGCACAAGAUCGCCAAACCUGUGGAAACGCUGGUUACCACGCUGAAGGAGGAGUCCAGCUGGUGGUCCAACCUGGUCAUUCCCGCCCUGGCAGCUGCCAUCGUAACGCUGGUUUACCGUGUCUUUACAUCAGAGAGCGAGUGACUUAAAUGGCCCGGCCGGUGUGAUGUCAUCACCCUGCGACAGCGAUGCUGUGACUCCUCCCAGCGUAGAGCUGUGUUUCUAGAGCAGAAUUCCUGCUUCGGACAACCGACCGUGUGACGUUAAACUCUGUUCUAGGAUCAGCACCUCUAGGCUGAAAUUCCCAGAAUACAUUUCCCUCCGUUUAAGCGACCAAUCACGAGGCAUUAUUGUAAUGAAGUCAUUGAAUAUUCAGGUUUGUAAACGUUUCUGUUCUGCAGAGAUGUUCUGGGUUUUGAUCAGACGUGUUUUUAUAUCUUUGGACCUGAAUGUGAACAGGUUUUCUGUUUGAGUGAGCAGCUAACGAGCUAACGAGCUAACGGACGUCUGCAGUGAGCUUCACGCCGGUCGAUGCUGCAGAUCUCAGAUCAGAUGUGACCAGAACCCAAACCCGUCACGAACAGCAGCUGAUUGGUCCGACUCAUUACAGCUUUGAUUGUUUCAAUCAGUUGAAAACAGGAAAAUCUUUUAGUUCACAAAUAAAACGUGAAGUGAAGCAAAGAAGAAACACUAAAACCUUUACAGGCUGUUAGAAAUUCUCCAUGAAAGUCAGAAAAGGUUCUGUACUCAGCAGGAACCCGGAUCAGCUGAGCCCGAUAAAACCCAACUGUAGUGAAACCUCCCGAGUCUGAGCCAUGGUCCGGAUGUCUGAGCGCUGCAGCAGGAACUAAAAGUGAGCUUCUGGGAUGUCCUGAUGCGUGCAGAACCCCAGACCAGAUUCUGAUGGUGACCAGAACCUAAACAGCUGCUUUCAAUGCAAUAAAGGUGAUUCCUACCAGA